GAAGGGCCGAUCAACCGCGGGACCCCCAACACUAACUUACCAGCACGUUCCAGAAAGAUCUCCCGAAUUACCAAUCUUGGAACAGCGCUGAAGAUGCUCGUCGACGGUCGAAUGAUCUGGAUGGGUGUAUGUACGACAACAUUUUAAUUGUGCAGCCUGGGGCAAUUGUCCACUCACAUCCGAACAGCAGCAUCAGAUGUUGAUGUCCCCUGCGGGGGCCGGCGUAAUCUUGCUGCCUUACAGCAUGAAAUUGCCCCCGAUUCGUCCCCUGGCCAGUCCAGUGGAAUGGCGGGGUUUUGACGGAAGUUAAAAUGACCCAAAACCUGGAGGUGGUACCGUGAGUUUGGUUGUCGUUGGUGAGGCAAAAUGUUUUCUAGUUCAUUCUCGAUACUUCGAGCUCUGCUUGAUAAUGUGAUAUUGUAAGACGUGCGUCCACGUAACUGUGGGAUGCCUUGAAAUAUCGUCUAUAUAACAUGCUUCUUCACGCAUCUCCUUCCUGAUUCUUUCCUUUUUCAUAACCACUCCUCUUUGCCCUUAUUCAUCCGAUCUCUGGUUCUCGACUCUACAUUUACAUUAAAAAUAAAUAAACAAAAGACAAUUUCUUGAUACCCUACAUCUACUCUCUAUAUCUUCACGGAAGCAAGUUCUAGCCAACAAAAAUGGCAAACGUCUACUAUCUCAACCAACAGCCCCACCCACUAUGGAACAUCCUUACGGAUUUUGGGGAGCACGGACUUCACAUGUUUUUUCAACAGACACCACAUGCCCAUGCUGAGCAUGUAAAUCGGCACCCUCACCACCGUCAACGGGCCCAAAACACCAGCCAACCUACCACACAGGAUUCGAAUAACCGCCCCUUACCCCGCGCCCGUGGGCUUGACGAAAAUACCCCUAGAGAAUCUGAGCAGGAGAACACCCGAGAUAUUCCGUUCCGCGGCCGAGGAUGUCGUCGUGGACGUGGCGGACCCUGGGGACAUCCUGCGCAGGAUGCCUGGGGACCUCAUCGCCGGCAGCGCCAUUGCAGACCAGGCGCUGGCUACCAAUCAACAGGAGCACCCCAUGAACUCCUCCAACAGUUCAUCAACAACUUCUCAAACCAAUUUGGCGUUGACGUCGGCGAGGUGUUCAACAUAAUCAACGGCACAGAUCCAAGAUCCGGAGACAAAGAAGUAGACUUCGUCCCCCGCGCCGACGUUUUUGAUGCAGAAACUAGAUACAUCAUCCAUGUUUCCCUCCCCGGCGCACAGAAGAAGGACAUUUCAGUCGAUUAUGACGCCGAGACUUCCACCCUCCGACUCGCAGGUGUGGUUUACCGUCCCGAGCUGGAUGAGGAACUCAGCAACGCCCUUAUCGUCGACGGGCGAUCCCGCGAAGUUGGCGUCUUUGAGCGGGAGAUCAGUCUAGGAUCCCGCGAUAAGCCUGCACGUGUCGACGCUGACAAUAUCAGUGCCAAGUUGGUUGAUGGCGUCCUCGUGCUAACUCUACCAAAAGUAGUCGCCGACAAGGACGCGUUUAGACGGAGAAUCUCGGUGGACCAGAUCAGGAAUGAGAAUGGUCGGGAGCCAGAGGGGGAGGAGGCGGGGAGUGCAGAUCCCAAUAAUGAGAAGGAGGAAGUUGCAGCUGAAUCCCAGGCUAUGCAGAUUGAUUCCGAGACUGAGGCAUCGGAGCAGGAGAGUGAGAGGUCUGGUAGACGAACGCCACCAAGUCCUAGUGUGCGUUCAGAGGAGGAGGAAGAGAGGGACUAUGUUGCCGUGGACGUCGAUUAGGGAAUAACCGUGUCUUUGAUAUCUCUUUUUGGCAUCUUCAUUUUGAUAUUUGAUGCUUCGUUUUCGUACUCGUUUCUUUAUCUCUACUUGAUAUGACUUUCUGCACCUUUUUCUUUUUCAUUUUUAGUUUUUUGCAUGUGAAACAAUGGAUAGGAAUGGGAAAUGGGAUAUGGUACUGGGCGCAGCUUUUUAUCAAUAGCUUCCGGUAAUUAGUAAUAGGAUCAUACUUGAAGAAAACCAAGGAACUCUAUGCUUUCUUGAUUAACAUUGCUCGUUUUGGACCUGAGGCACUCUUCCCAGUUCCUUCAAAAUAACAUAUUCCAUCCCUCUCCGAACCGCCUAGAGUAUGGCACUUCAAACGACUAAACUCAAUGCUUUACCUCAUACAAAUGAUCGUAGGUUCGGGCAAUAAUAGCGAUACUGUCAUCUAAUCCGAGCACGCUUUCCCAGGCAACAUGCGAGCAUCGAAAACCCUCAAGAUUUCCUGAACAGUCAAUCGACCGGCCUCAUGGAGCCUUUGCUAUCUCCUUAUUGAGCGGAAACUGUCACAAAUUAAACCAAAUCCUUUGUCCGCGAAACCGAGGCAGACGGAAGGCAAGCCCUCAUCAGGUACCUUCCAAGUAACUAAUAGCUAUAAUAUUACAUAUAUUAAACAUCAAUAUGACACA